AUGACCGCUGCAUUCCCACCCCGCGCCCUGCGCGCAUCCCUCUCCUCUCUCCAAUGUAACGGCCUCAGUCGACGGGCUCCCGCGCUGCUGCCGGCACGCGAGCAGUGCCCCAUCCUCUCCAACCGCCACUACCUCCUCCAACAUGCCCAAGUCCGGCUCGCCUCCUCUUCCUCCUCGACCUCCCCACUGCUAGAGCCGACGGCGCCCGUGCUCUCCCCCGCGGCCGUCAACCCGCCCGCCACGACCCGGCCCCCGCCCCUCGUCCUGCCGGAGCGCCUCCCCGACACGGCGACCUUCAACCACCUCCUCGCCACGGGCAAGGCCUACCUCAAGUUCUACAAGACCGGCCUCAAGUACCUCUACGUCAACACGAAGCUCGUCUACGCCCUGCGCUCCGGCGGCGCGGGUAGCGCCUCCUCCUCCUCGCCCACGGACUCGAGCCCGGGCGCGAAGCCGGGCUCCGACACCGCGACGACGACCCCCGUCCUCCUCGCCGGCGGCACGCGCUCCGCCCUGCUCCUGCGCGAGCGCUGGGCGCACGACAUGCGCCGCCUGCCCGUCUUCGCCGUCAUGUUCCUCCUCUGCGGCGAGUUCACGCCCCUCGUCGUCCUGGCCCUGCCCCACGCCGUGCCCUACACCUGCCGCAUCCCCAAGCAGGUCGCCAAGCUGCAGCGCCUGGCCGAGGAGCGCCGCCGCGCGUCCUACGAGGCCCUCGGCAUAGCCGAAGCCAACAGCUCGUCCUCCGACGAGACAGCAGCAGCAGCAGCAGCAGCAGCCGCGGCGCCGCCGACGCCCGCGCAGCAGGUCCACGUCUCCAAGAGCCUGAACCUCGUCUCGCCGCUCUGGGACAGGAUAGGCUUCGCGCCCUCGGGGCUGGCCCGCGCCCGCGCCGACAAGAGGGUGGCGCGCCUGCUCGUCGACGACGCGCUCCUGCGGCAGGGCGGCGGCGCCCCGGCGCUCGAGGCCGACGAGGUGCGGCUCGCCUGCGCGGACCGCGGCGUCGACGUGCUGGGCUGCGACGAGGCGGAGCUGCGCGCGAUCCUGGCGGCGUGGCUGCGCCUGGCCGAGGCCCACGACGGCGGCGGCGAGGCGGAGCAGGCGCGGAGGGUGUAUACGCUCUUGACGACGCGGCCGGAGGAGUGGCCCGCUCUGGAGAAGAGGUGA